AUGCGGUAUUUGCUCGAUAGCCCCUCCUCCAUGAGGAACAUCGCAAAAUGGCGCUGCCAGUUAACAGAAUACGACAUAGAGUACGUGCCUCACACAUCUGUCAAGGGGCAAGCGAUUGCCAACCACCUAGCAGAAUUCCCGAUCGAUGACGACACGCCGAUCAACACUGACUUUCCGGAUGAAGGAAUCCUCCAGGUGGAUGAAGAGAAAGAGAAACCGACGUGGAAAAUGUAUUUUGACGGGGCCGUCAAUUCCGUGGGAUCUGGAGUUGGGGCAGUCUUGAUAUCCCCGGACGGGCGCCAUUAUCCGGUCGCGGCAAAAGUGGAUUUCUCCUGUACCAACAAUGUAGCCGAGUACGAGGCGUGCAUUCUCGGUCUGCAAGCGGCGAUCAAUUUCGAGGUGAAGGAGUUAGAGACGAAAGACGUGAAGUUAGUCCCGUAUCACGAAUACCUUGAGGAAUUGGCGAAGAAUUUCGAGAAGAUCUCGUUCACCUACACUCCACGCGCAAAGAACCAAUUCGCUGAAGCACUUUCGACACUUGCAUCCAUGGCGAGUAUCUCAGAGGGGAACAUCGUCGAACCUCUCGAAAUCGAAGUGGCCAGACGCCCGGCCCACUGCAACGCGAUCGAAGCGUCCGAAGCAAAGCCGUGGUAUGAGGACAUCAAGAACUUCAUGCAAACGGGCCAUUAUCCCCCGUUCGCCAAUCGCCGCGAUCGAAAGACGCUUAGGCGCCUUGCGAUGCACUACUUUCUGAGCGGCGAGAUACUAUAUUGCCGUUCCUUUGAUUCCACGCUACUCCGAUGCAUUGACGAGCACGAGUCACGGCUCCUCAUGGAGGAGGUACAUGGAGGAAAUUGCGGGCCCCACAUGAAUGGCCUUAUGCUCGCCAAAAAGAUCAUGCGCUUAGGCUAUUAUUGGUCCACCAUGGAGACUGACUGCGUGAAGCACGUCAGGUGCGAUCAGGAACCCCAGGGGACGCUCCCCGUCGACGGAUUCACGUCUGCCUCAUGUGGCAAGCCGUGUGCUCGAAGACUUGGGAAUCGUCGAGGGAUGCGCCGCACCGCCCAAAUCGACGGUGUUCAGAGAAAGGACGAGCGAUAA